GGCGACCGCGGGGCGGGGUGAGAAGUCGAAAGUCGUACAGAUCCUGUGGGUCUAAUUGUGACAGGUGUAUUUAGGAGGAAUACACAGGUGGCAUGUAGAAAAAGAAGGGAUAAUUCCAAAAGGAUGCUGUAGAGGAUAUGUUUACCGCACAAAGGAAUUUACUAAUUAACUACUUCUGCUGCUGUCAGGUUUAAUCGGCAGGUAGCGGUUGAAGAAGAGCCAUUACAAAGGAGUCAUUAUUAAGAAUAACAAAGGACUUAUUUGUGUCCCGAACUUAUCUCUAAUCUGCAAAGAAAGAUGCGCUUUCCCGUUUGGCCACAAAGGAUUGCUGACUAAGAAUAGUAAAGGACUUUAAGCUAAGAAGGUCUUGAAGCACAUCGGUUUCUAACUGCAGUAUUCUUCACAUAAUGUGCUUCCAUUUGCAGUGUGAUCCGUCACAAAAUCGAAGACUCGGACUGAAGUGGUAACUAUAUCAAAUCCGCUAUGGUCUGAUGGACCGUCAUUUUCUGUUGACCUUCAUUUUCUCUGCUUGUGCUUGGGUGUUACUCUGGGAAGUACGGUGGAAAAGUUUACGAGUUAACCAGGUCGAAGAAUGGCUACUUUCUAACCACUUGUCGCAAUACAGAUACAUCUUUAAAGAUGUUCAGUGUUUGGAGGAGAUAGCAGUUGUGAAUGGAUGGGCAGGGUCAGAGGGGAUUUUGGAGGUGAAACCAGCGCUGGACCACCUACAUGAGGCACUGAAACGCUUGGCACAUGAUCUUGCACUAGAAGAGUGGCUCUGCUCCCACAAUCUUGAACAUUUUUCAAAAAAGUUGAAAUCUUUGGGGUAUACUACACUCUCUGAACUAGCUACAUUGGACAGUGAGUUGCAGCUCUCCUUGGCUUCUUGGGGCUUUUACUAUGGCGAUCUUCUAAAACUUGCCACUGGUGUAAAGAUUCUAAAAGCUGCAGGUGGUCGCCUAGAUAAGGAGUACGAAACACAGCUGAUUCGCAACAGAGUGCAACGACACUGGAAUGAGAAGUGGUCUUUCGCUGGUGCUGCGGUCUUUGGCUGUCUUGUUUCUGUGUGUUUUCACAGGAGGGACCUGAUGUUCUUCGUUGUUGGUGGAAUUACAGUGUCUGUAGUAGCAUUCUUCUUCACAAUUAAAUUCCUGUGUGAGCUCGCUGCCCGUGUUGUCAGCUUUCUCCAGAAUGAGGACCGGGACCGUAGAGGAGAGCGUACCAUUUAUGAUUAUGUUAGAGGGAACUAUCUUGACCCUAGGUCAUGCAGGAUUUCAUGGGAUUGGAAAGAUCCUCAUGAAGUGGGGCACACAAUGACCUUUCGAGUCCAUUUAUUUUAUAAGAAUGGUCAGCCUUUCCCUGCCCGUCGCCCUGUCGGAUUAAGGGUCCAUAUCUCUCACAUUGAGCUGGGACUGGAUGUGCCUGUGACUCAAGAAGUUGUUCAGGAGCCCAACUCAAAUGAAGUGAAGGUUGCAUUUAUUGUGCGGAAAGCUGGGAGGUAUGAAAUCACCGUCAAGCUUGGAGGCUUAAAUGUUGCUUAUAGUCCUUACUACAAAACCUUUCAGCCAGGUAUGGUUGUUCCAUCUAAAACCAAAAUUGUGUGCCACUUCUCCACGUUGGUGCUAACAGUCGGACAGCAGCAUACACUGCAGAUCAUACCACAAGAUGAGUACGAUAAUCCAACCAGCAACUCAGUUUCAUUAAGUGAUGAUGAGAAUUACAGUGUGCAGAUUCUCCAGCUGGACUCCACUGAAGAUGGAAAUAGUGGAGUUAUGUUUGAGAAGUCAGUGGUGUCAGAUCGCCAAACCUAUCAGGUUUACCUCAAACUCACGCUGCAGCAUACAGGUUGCUUUCAUGCUUGCAUUUUAUACCAGAAUCAUCCCAUUAGUAAUGGCACAUUUGACAUCAUUGUGCUAAGUGAAAAUGAGAAGAAUGCUGUGGAAAAGAAUGUGUUUAAUUCUGGUGUGAGUAUAUAUUUUGAAGCAUACCUGUACAACACAGGCAAUUAUUCUACUUCCCAGUGGCAUCUGCCAUCAUCCACCCUCAACUCCACAGGGCGUCACCUUCCCACAACAACUGAAGAGGAAGAAGAGGAUUCACCGUCGGAAAGUCAGACACCUGAGAAAGUGAAGAAGCCCAAAAAGGUGUACUGCUACAUAUCACCCAAGCAACUUUCUGUCAAAGAGUUUUACCUGAAGAUCAUUCCCUGGCGCCUUUUUACUUUCCGAGUGUGUCCUGGUACCAAGUUUUCCUACCAUGGGCCUGACCCUGUGCAUAAGCUUUCAACAUUGGUUGUGGACGAUGGUAUCCAGCCGCCAGUGGAACUCAGCUGCAAGGACAGGAAUAUUAUGGCAGCAACAUUCAUUUGCUUCCUGCACAAAAAUAUUGGGGGUUCGGAGACUUUUCAGGACAAAGUAAACUUUUUCCAGCGUGAGCUCCGCCAACUCCACUGUAAGAGACCUCAUUCCAAAAUUGCACUGAAAAUCAGCCGUCACUUCCUUCUCGAGUCUUCACUUAAAGCAACACGUAAUUUUUCAGUGUCUGAUUGGAGCAAAAACUUUGAAAUAGUUUUUCAGGAUGAGGAAGCACUAGAUUGGGGUGGACCUCGCCGGGAGUGGUUCGAACUGAUUUGCAAAGCACUUUUUGACACAACCAACCAGCUAUUCACACGAUUCAGUGACAAUAAUCAGGGACUGGUGCAUCCAAACCCAGAUCGGCCUCCCCAUCUCCGACUGAAAGUAUACGAGUUUGCUGGAAGAGUGGUUGGAAAGUGUUUGUACGAAUCAUCCCUAGGCGGUGCAUAUAAACAACUUGUGAGGGCUAGAUUUACACGAUCUUUCCUGGCACAGAUCAUUGGUCUCCGAAUGCAUUAUAAGUACUUUGAAACAGAUGACCAGGAGUUCUAUAAGACAAAAGUUUGUUUCAUCCUGAAGAAUGAUGUUGAAGGGAUGGAUCUUGUCUUUGCAGAGGAGAAGUACAACAAGUCUGGCCAGUUAGAAAAGGUAGUGGAACUUAUAUCAGGUGGUGCUCAGAUUCCAGUGACCAAUGAAAAUAAAGUGUUCUAUCUUAAUUUGCUGGCCCAGUACAGACUAGCCAAUCAGAUUCGAGAAGAGGUAGAACAUUUCCUUAAAGGUCUGAAUGAACUGGUUCCUGAGAAUCUACUGGCAAUUUUUGAUGAAAAUGAGCUUGAGCUGCUGAUGUGUGGUACAGGUGAUAUCAGUGUAUCUGAUUUUAAAGCCCACACGGUCAUCGUGGGAGGUUCCUGGCACUUCAGAGAAAAGGUAAUGAAGUGGUUUUGGGCUGUCGUCUCCAGUUUUACCCAGGAAGAACUAGCUCGCCUGUUGCAGUUCACGACAGGGUCUUCUCAGCUGCCACCAGGAGGCUUUGCAGCUCUGUGUCCGUCAUACCAAAUUAUUGCUGCACCUACCCAUAGCACACUGCCAACGGCACACACAUGCUUUAACCAGUUGUGCCUGCCAACGUAUGAUUCUUAUGAGGAUCUUCACAAGAUGCUGAAGUUGGCAAUUAGCGAGGGCAGUGAGGGCUUUGGGAUGUUAUGAUUUAUUUUUUAGUGUUUGCCGGUGCUGAUCUUAAGGCAGAUCUGCAGUGCAGCUGCAAAUGGCAGACCCAUGUCUGUGUGUUGCAUCAGCCCAGCCUGCAGAACAGGGAGUUUAUCAAUUAGCCGAGUCCUAAAGCACAGUGAAAUUACAGAGUGACACAAGGUGGUGACUACAGACUUUUGUCUUCACAAGAAUAUGA